UCAGCUGUGGUUUAGUACCUUGUGUGCACUGCGAAGUUCAGUUUUACUGUCACAGUGCAAAUCAUAAAGAUGGCUGCAGCAAGAAACAGAGUUUUUGUCGUUGGGGUGGGAAUGACAAAGUUUGAAAAGCCAGGUGUGAGAGACAUCGAUUACCCAGACAUGGCCAAAGAAGCAGGAGAAAGAGCCCUGGCAGAUGCUGGAAUCAAAUAUUCUGCCAUCCAGCAAGCAUGUGUAGGCUACGUGUAUGGUGACUCCACAUGUGGUCAAAGGGCUAUUUAUCACAGUCUGGGUCUGUCAGGCAUCCCAAUAGUAAAUGUCAACAAUAACUGCUCUACUGGCUCCACAGCACUCUUUAUGGCCCGUCAACUCAUUCAAGGAGGACUGGCUGAUUGUGUUCUUGCCUUGGGCUUUGAGAAGAUGGAAAGAGGUUCGCUGUCUUCAAAGUACAUGGACAGAACCAACCCCAUGGACAAGCACAUGGAGGUGAUGAUCAACCGUUAUGGGAUAGCAGCGGCUCCAGCUGCCCCUCAGAUGUUCGGCAACGCUGGUAGAGAACACAUGGAAAAGUAUGGCACAAAACCAGAGCAUUUUGCCAAAAUUGCUUGGAAGAACCACAAGCAUUCCAUCAAUAACCCAUACUCUCAGUUCCGGGAUGUAUAUUCUCUGGAACAGAUCAUUAACUCCAGGAAGGUCUUUGAGUUCCUCACGCUCUUACAGUGUUGCCCUACAUCAGAUGGAGCAGGAGCUGCGGUUUUGGUCAGUGAGAAGUUUGUGAGGCAGAAUGGACUGGAGAAAAAGGCUGUUGAGAUCAUUGCUCAGGAGAUGGUUACUGACCUCACCUCUACUUUUGAGGAAAACAGCUGUUUGAAAAUGGUUGGGUAUGACAUGACCCAUCAUGCAGCUCAGAGGUGUUUUGACAAGGCUGGUCUGAAGCCGUCAGAUGUUGAUGUCAUUGAGCUGCAUGACUGCUUCUCUGCCAAUGAGCUCAUUACCUAUGAAGCUCUGGGACUGUGUCCAGAGGGUAAAGCUGGGGAGCUGAUUGACCGGGGUGAUAAUACAUAUGGUGGUAAAUGGGUAAUAAACCCCAGUGGAGGACUCAUCUCGAAAGGACACCCACUUGGAGCUACAGGUUUGGCUCAGUGUGCAGAGCUCUGCUGGCAGCUGAGAGGGGAGGCGGGGCCACGGCAGGUCCCUAGGGCAAAGGUUGCCUUGCAACACAACAUUGGUCUCGGUGGAGCAGUGGUGGUCACUCUUUACAGAAUGGGAUUCCCUCAGGAAACAAGCUCUCGGAUCGCUGCAGUGCCCACCAACGCGUCCAUUGACCUUGCGGGGUUCAAAGCCCAUGCUGUCUUCAAGGAGAUAGAAAAGAAAAUACAGGAGGAGGGAGAGGAGUUUGUGAAGAAAAUCGGUGGUGUUUUCACCUUCAAAGUGAAGGAUGGUCCAGGUGGAAGUGAGGCAUUGUGGGUCGUGGAUGUGAAAAAUGGCAAAGGCUCAGUGACCAAUGAUCCGGGUAAAAAGUCUGACUGCACCAUCGCUAUGUCUGACGCAGAUCUUCUUGACUUGAUGACGGGCCGAAUGAAUCCACAAACAGCAUUUUUCCAAGGCAAAUUGAAGAUAACUGGUAAUAUGGGAAUGGCCAUGAAACUUCAAAACCUACAGCUGACGCCAGGCAAAGCCAAACUAUGAAACAGCAUCUCUUGCUGGAUGGGGAACAGUCAGAAAAAAAGAGAUGUAAAAGUAGUCAAUUUCUAUAGAUAUUUUUUGUAAACGUUUUAAUGAAUGAAUAUAUGUAAUAGUGCAUAAUAAUUAUGAGACUAUUGGUCAUUGCAUUGCAUAAAUGUAACUGCAUAAAACAAUUACCUCAGGUAUUGUGCAAUUGUAAUUCAUCUCCACCUGAACCAUGCAGAUGAACAGUGAGGCCGUCUAUUACAUGACUGCUUUAUAAUAUGCCUCUAACUCACUAUUAUCACCCUCAUUAUUGAUAUUCAUACCAUUCAAAGACUAAUAAACCGUAAUAUGUAAAAUUAUUUUGGACAUUUGAAUCUAGCAUAUAGUGGCCAAAAAGAUCCAAGCUGAGAUUACCAUAGACUGUGAUGUCUAAUACUGGAAUGAACGGUUUCAAUUCACAGAGCUUAAAGAAAUAGUUCAACAAGAAUUUUAAUUUAACAAUCAUGCCAGCCCAGAUGUGUAUGUCUUUCCUCUGCAGAACACAAAAAAGAUUUGAAGUAGAAUAUUUCAGCUCUUUAGGUCCAUAUAAUGCAAGUGAAUGGUGAACACAACUUCCAAAAAUCACAUGAAGGCAGCAUAGAAGUAACCCAUAUGACUCCAAUGGUUAAAUCCAUAUCUUCAGAAGUGAUUUGAUAGGUGUGUGUGUGAGAAACAGAUAUUUAAGUCUCUUUUUUUUUUUCUUUUGCCAUUUUUGUUUUUAGCAAUUUGCAGUCGCCACCUACUUGGCACAGAAGAGAAUUUAUGGUAAAAAAGGACUUAAAUAUUGAUAUUUUUCUCACCCACGCCUAUCAUAUCACUUCUGAAGACAUGGAUCAAACCACUGUAGUCAUAUGGAUUACUUUUAUGCUGCCUUUAUGUGCUUUUUUUGACCUGCAAAGUUCCGGCCACCGUUCACUUGCAUUAUAUGGACCUACAGACCUAAAAUAGUCUUCUAAAAGUUUUUGUUUGUGUUCAGCAGAAGAUAGAAAUUCACACACAUCUGGGAUGGCAUGAGGGUGAGUAAAUGGUAAGAGAAUUUUCAUUUUUGGGUGAACUAUCCCUUUAAGCACCGCUGAGUUUCUCUAGUGAUUAAAGGGUAACUAAACACCUGCUCAGAGUCUGACUCCACCCAUUAGAAAUAUUUGAAAAUGCAGGAAAAGUGGGCAGACCCCGGCGGGGAUUGAGGGAAUGAACCGAGUGCGGGGCUGAGCGGGGGGGGGGCACCUGAGACUCGUAGUGAUGGAUUAAUUGACAGCUGCUGUCAGACUCUAUGUUAUUAUUAUUCCUCACACGGUCGCAAGACGACAUGUACAUGAAUCUGGCGUGGUGAGCUGUCACCGCUUACGUCACGAAGUACCGCAACAGCCAAUAGGAAAAUUCAACUGCAGUAGCCACCGUUCAACCUGAAGAGGGCAGCACUCAGACGUUUUUACACCAUAUAUUGUAGAAUUAAAACACUUUAUACACAAAUGUCAAAAAAAUUACUUGAAUCAAUGACCAGUACUAAUAAAGCCCCAUGCUUACAGAUCAUUAACUAAAAAAAGUUGGUUUAGGGUUUAGUUACCCUUUAAAAUAUCUUUGAUCUCAGAACUCUAGGUGUUGGGUAUGUUGUGAUAUAUUUGAAGCAUUUGGUAUAAUUGUAUAUUAAUCAUAUUUAUCAAAAUGAUCACAAUUCUGAUUUCUAAUAAAUAUUCUUUAUACAUUCCAAAGUAUACUGUCGUCUUCUAUUUUGUAUGUUGAUG